AUGGAAAAAUCUAGCAGAACAGCGAGACAGGAUGAUAAGAAUAGAUGCACACGAAUAUCUCCACUAAAAAGACUGGGGGUUCAGGUUGUUUUGGCCGUUCUAUUCAUGGGAAUGGCGCAUACCUUGGAUAUUAGAAAGACUCUAGAGGGCAUUAAAGAAGAGGCAAGUAGAAUAGUAAAUAUGGAAGAUCGGACUAAAAGCGGAGCUGUUUCUGUUGAAAAUGGCGAAAAAAUAGAAGUUCCAGAGGGCAGUGAAAAGAGCUCGCCGACCGGUGCUGAAAAGGACAUGCCCGCAGACAAUGAGAAAGAGAAAAGUCUUCACAUUGAGAGUCUAGUAAAGGGACAUGAGCUUCUUGCUAAACAAGAGUAUUUGAGCGCGCUUGAGUACUACUCUCUUGCACAGGAAGAGUAUCUGCAGAGCGAAAAGCCAGAGGAGUCAGUUCAGAGAGAAAUCGGCAUGGGUCUGUGCAAAGCGCUGCUUGGUCUAGGAAGGUUUGAUGACACAAUUAAGGAGGUAAUUAGAAUUGGUGUAAUGGAUUCAGAAGGGCUUGCAAUACUUCAGAAGGCCACGCAGUUCAAAAAGCUAACUAUUAACUCGCCUGAGGAGGAAGUAAAUAGCGCAUUAAUGGAAAGCCCACUCUCUGCAGCAUUGCUAAAGAUCCGAAUUGCCCAGCGCAUACGCAAAAAGAUGUACCAGCUGGCUCUUUUUGACGCUGAAGUUCUGGCUGAAAUAGACACGGAAGAGAAAAGCGGAGAGGCACACAUGAUGCACUGCUACUUUUUGAUGGGGAAGACAGACAGUGGUAUGAACAUACUGAAGACUAAUGAAGAGUUGUCAACGCUCUAUGAAAAAGCACAGUUUAUUGUUCAGAAAUAUAAUGGUUUAAAUCGGCACAAUAGCAGAUGCACUGCAUACAAUUAUAGAGAGUGGAGGACAUUUACUGAUAAGGACCUGGCCCUUGCAAGGCUGAUUGACUCUCGUUUUACGCCUACAAUCUUUACAUACACAAUGAUAAAGGCAUUGGAGAUUGUUGUUAGAAUGGGAAUUAUACUUAAGGAGUCUCCUGCGCGUGUAAUUGCAUACUCUGAGCAAAUUCUCAAAGAAAAAGCCAGAGGAGGCGCGCCAACUGAAAAGGACUGGAAGGACCACAUCAGUGUAAUGAUCAAUUUGGGCAAGUUCUCGAUGGCACAUGAUGCAAUAAAAGAGAACAUGAAGACAGACAGCGCGGAGUACAAUGCAGUAAAGAAGCUCUAUAAUGAAAACAUUAAGAUUGCUCGAGAAAAGAAGAAUCAGGAGGAUGCAAUUAAGAAGAAAAAAAAGGAAGAAGAGGACAAAAGGGCUACUGAGGAGGCUCUUAAAAAAGAAAAGGCGCGGUCUGAGAGGAGAAUACGUGUAGUGAAGUCGAAGAGAGGCAGACAUGUUGAUCCAGAAGGGUUUUACAAGUAUUUAGGCUUAAAGAAUGCAGCACCCAAGGAGGAGGUGAUGCGUGCAUAUAGAAAGGCCAGCAAAAAGGCGAAUAUCUCGUUAAGAAAAAACAGAAACAACCCGGAAGAAGAAAAAAAGUGUAAGGAUGCAAUCAUCAAGGCCAAUAAGGCAAAAGAUGUUCUUUCAGAUGACAUAAAGAAGCAGGAGUACGACACUGGAUACUAUAUGACAGAAAAAGAAAAAGAGUCUUGGGGGUACAAUGAUGAUGUAAUGGACCAAUAUGAAGGAUCUAAUGGCUCAUAUGGAAGAGAUAGCCACAACGGAGCCGAUCUAUUUGAAAUAUUAAUGAAUGGAGGCGGCUUUGGCGGAGGCUUUGGAGGUGGCUUUGGCGGCGGAGGCUUUAGCGGAUUUGAGGGCGGCUUUGGAAGAGGCGGAACUCGUAGAGUGGUUUACUAUAUGUAA